AUGCCGUCCGGAGCCAGCCAAAAGGGUACUGGGAAGAAGGGUGGCGCCACCAUGGCCAAGCAGAGCCGCACGUCGACUCCCGUCCCACCGCCUACUGCCAGUCUCCCCCCACAAGAGCCAUACGACCCAGACUUUCUCAACACGAGGGUCAUCGUAUUCCAAAAUACACUAAGCUACGAUGACCUCGUCGACUCGGGCGCAUCCAGCGCCACAGUGCCCGACUCCCGCAGCAUUGACGCUAUGCUCGCCAAGCUCAAGGAGAUGGUUUCCGUCAUGGAGAAGCGUUCGAACUUCUACGACCGGGGUAUGCGCUUCCUCGCGGACGAGCGUAAGAAGCGUCCCGACGACUACACCGGCGAAGAAGAAGUGCGCCGGUCCAAGCACAAACGCAAGAAGGCCUCGGAUUCAUUAGCUCCUCCCGAUUCAGCCCGAUCGUCACCAAGCGGAGAUGGCAAGCGGAAACGUUCGCGCGCAGACUCGGCUAGCUCGUCACUGUCUCCCGCGGCGAACGGAUCCCCUUCGGCCGCUAUGGAGGUCGACGAGAAACCAAAGAAGGAGGAUGCCGAGGGGGGGGAGGAGGAAGAAUCCAGCUCCGACGACGAUGGGGCGCCGCCGCGGCGCGAAAUGCCCCAACAUCAGACCUUUGGCGAAGACCCGUCAACAUUCGACGACCCAACCGUAUACGAGAUACGACAAGUACAUCCCGGCAUGUCGGACGAGGAGAAGAAGGAGAUAUACUCGGUAGCACGCUACCCGUCCAGCGACCUGGCACACCUGAUUGCCGGCGAUCCUCCGGAUAGGGAUUUCAGCAACGCGAAGCCGACGAGUCAGAUCAACUUCACGACAUUUGCGUCGUACAUUGAGCCCUAUUUCCGACCGUUUACCGAAGAGGACAUCGGUUUUUUGCGCGAGCGCGGCGACCGGGUGACCCCGUUUGUCAUGCCUAAGCGGGGCAAGCGGCACUACAGCGAGAUCUGGGACGAGGAAGAUGGGGCCGAUGCGAUGGACACAGCUGCCGACAAGCUCCCUCCCAACAUGCCACGCGGCUCUAUCGAGAACAUGAACGACACGGUAGCGGAGACAGACGGGCUCUCUAUCGGCCCCCUGGCUUCGAGGCUGCUGCAGGCUCUGCGGCCGGAGCACCGGACACAAUCGGAGGACAGGCCGGGGGCCAACGGCCUGGCCAAUGGCGACGUGCCGAUGAACGGAGACACGCAGGGCGACGAGGCAAACGGGGUCAACGGCAAUUCCGUCAACGGCAACGGGGAAGAGAGGCCGCUAUCGCCCGCAGCAUUCAUGCCCGAGUCGACGACGGAGGCAUGGAAGAAGGCGACGUACCCGAAGCUGGACUACCAGCAGGUGGAUGAGCGCCUGAAGCAAGAGCUGCGGUUCCUGGGUUUCGCGGCGCAGGACGGUGCCGAGGCCGACUACGACGGUGCGUACGACGACGAAGUAGCCGGCCGGCUGCGGUUCCUGCAGGAGCGGCUCCGACAGCAGGUGCUCAUCAACGGGGCGCGUAAGGCUCGGCUGAUGGAGAUUGUGCGCGAGCGCAUGGCGCACCAGGAGUACUCGACCAUCCUCGAGGACCUGGACACGCAGGUACAAGCCGCAUACACAAAGCGCACGCGCACCAUGGGCAAGAGCAAGAAGGCCAAGCGUCCCGGAGGUGCCGGCGGAGGCAGCCACUUCGUCGGCGCAGGCGGUGCGGGCGCUGCGGGUACGGCCCGGCCCGGCAUAGGCGACCUGACCAGGACGCUCAUGGAGCGACGCAAGAAGUGGAUCCGCACCAUCGGAGGCAUCUUUACCGACGAGAUGGUUGGCAAGGUGCCCCGCGAGACUGACCCGGACAGCUUCAUCUUCAGACCGGAACACAUGGCAGGGCUGCUGAAGAAGGAGAAGGAGCAGUGGGAUGAGGAGCUUGAGGACGAUGAGUAG